GUUAAGCUAGGCUAGUUCAAAACUCCUCCCGCUAACACUUGCCUUCCAGCGAUUUUCCCGCUGCCCUAAAUGUCGCCAUUCAUUCCCGCGGAUAGUUUUAUCUACCAGCGCACGCUGGUUUUAUAAAGAACUUUUUAUUUAGCGAUAUCUUCUGGAGAUACGGUAAACAGCACCAAGGCCCCUAGUCAAAGCUAACUGUUAACCCCAAAGCUAAAAUGGCGGACAACGAGGGUGACAGCGGAGCUAUUGGAACAAUAACAGUGGCUGAGCCGCCGGGGACAGAGUCUGAGUCCGCCGUUCAGCCAGACCCGCAGCCCGUGGAGCCUUUAUCAGUCCAGCCUGCCGUCCAGAUCUUACAGCCCGAAGAGAAAGGAUCGACUUUCCUCAUCGCCCAGUGCGAUCAGCCUGCAGAGAGUGCAGAGUCCGGGUCCUGUGCGGAUGGCAGUCAGCCCCCGAGUGGAGUAGAAACCUGCCAGGUGGAGCAGCGCAUGGUGGUGGACGCAGAGUUUGCCGACCUGGCCAACACCACCAUCAUCUACGUGCAGCCUGACGGCAGCCUGGUGGAGAGCUCCGGGCUGACGGCGGAAGAGCAGCAAGCGGUGCUGCAGCAGCUCACCAAGCAGCAGAUCGUGCAGGUCUCCGACACCGAGGCCGUCCAGCUGCUCCAGCACAGCCAGCUGGUCAAACCGGCCCCGGUCCAAAAGACGGCUCUGGAUCCGAGUCAACUGCAGCAGGUCAUUAACCAGGUCACCAAGUCCCAGAACCAGGUCCAGGUGUCUCAGGAGAACCUGCAGCAUGUGAAGGGUCAGCAGAAGCAGGUCCAGCUUUCCCCACAGAACCUAAAGAUCAGCCCUCAGAAUAAUGCUUCCACUCAGCUGAAAAGUGUGGCCCAACAGGUCGCUUUGCAGUCCAACACUUUAAUCCAGGCAGAACCGACGAGAAUCCAGAUCCAAGUUCCUCCCAAACAGGACCUGAAUUCUUGUGUGAGUCUGCAGCAGAAGACUGUGACUAUCAGCCACCCGCAGGUGAAGCUGUCUGCCGCCGGCGGCCUGGGCAACGCGCAGAUCAUCCACCUGCAGCCUGUGGUGGGUCAGCAGGGUCAGCAGAUCCUGCUGCAGCAGAACCCAGGAGAACCCCAGAUCCAGCUGGUGCUGCAGAACGCCACUCCAGUGGUGGGCUCUCUGCUCCCCUUGGUCCACAAGGUGACUGGUCCCGCAACCAUAGCAACUGCUUCCUCCAGUCUGGGACAGAAACCUGCCCCGCCUACCAUCAGAGUGGCAGCUGCCACCCCGGUUAAAGACACGCCCCCUCCCAGCAGCAAGCCCCCUGCUGUUCCCGUCUCUAAAACCAUCAGCAUUCCUCUGAUUAAGACGCAGCACAACGGGACGGAACCGACCGCUGCUGCUGCUGCUGCUGCUGCUGCUGCUGCUGGGAAAGUCCCAGUUAAAGUGACCCCGGUCAUCCCUGUGUCUCCACGGCAACCCGCCUCCCUCGCCGUCAGCCCCAGGCUUCCCACGGCAACGUCAUCCUCUGUCGUCAAGGAAAGAGUUCGAGAAAAAGAGGAGAAGAAGAAAGCAAAGAAAAGAGAGAGGAAAGCCCUGAAGGUCCAAACCCGAUCGGGUCGGGUGUCAAGGCCACCCAAGUACAAAGCUAAAGACUACAAGUUCAUCAAGACGGAGGAUCUGGCGGAGAGCCACCAGUCCGACUCAGACGAUUACUCCGACAUGAGCGUGGAGGAGGAGGAGAACGCCAAGCGGGACGGGCCGGGCUCCAGCAGCCCCUCGUCUCUCAGCUACAGCCUCAAGUCGCGCUGCCACCGCUGCCAGACCUGCGAUAAGGCCUACAUCGGCCCCGGUGGCCUGAACCGGCACUACAAGCUGAACCCCACCCACGGAGAGCCCGACCUCACCAUGGUCACAGCCAGCAGCGCACCAGAACCCGGCCAGAGCAGAGCGGACCCGAAGGUAGAGGAGGCUGUCACUGAGGAGGAGGAGGAGGAAGAGGAAGAAGAGCAAGAGGAGGAACAGGAGGAGAAACCUGCUGCCAUGACAACAAACAGUGGAGACAACGGCCUGGCAGCUGAAGGAAUCACCGGCCUCCAUUACCGAGGUCCGGGUCGCCCCAGAGGGCGAGGGAGAGGAAGAGGGCGAGGGAGGGGCAGAGGAAGAGGAAGAGGCAGGGGGCGAGGUCGAUCGCUUGGACCUCCUCCUAAGGUGAGCAUUGGUCUCGUGGGCAGACCUGGUCGUCGUGGGCGACCCCCAAAGCUCGGGGUCAUUCCAAUGACGGCGCGGCAGCAGGCAGAGAGGAGACGCCAGCGGCUGCAGGAGCUGGUGGAGCAGUGUGAAGAUGAAGAACUGAUGGAUGCUGUUCUUCCUCGGUUGACCAAAAUGUUAAAUCUGUGGGAGUUGCUGCUGGCGAAGCUGGACUGCAAGGGGUCGGCUUGUAGCUGCUUUCCAGACAUUUACCAUGAGUUUGAAUCUCUGCAUGCUCAAGUCAGGCAGACCGCACAGGAAUACAUCGUAAGUCCGCAGGGUGGAGCCAUGCCUGUGGAGGUCAGGAACAUUGAGGUGGCUCGGUCUCUAGGGAUCCUGGACGAGGUGAACAAGAUGAAGGUGCUUCCUGGAGCGUUGCCUGUCUCUAGUGGGAACAACAAGAACGUCCGGUACAUGGGGAACUCCAAGAUGUUGCCACCAUCUAAAAGAUUUAAGAUGGAAAACAGCAUUGCAGAUCAUCAAAAUGGCACAGAAGCACCAAAAACAGCUGCUGCUCCAGUGGCCUCGGCCACCCAGGCAGCCUCUCUUGUCAAGUCGUGCUCCGUGUCUGUGUCUCCCCUGGAGAUUUCAGGUGGAGCCAAAGUGCUGAGCGCUUCUGCUGAACCUACCUCCAGCUCCUCCACCAUCGCCUCUCCUGACCCAACUCCCAGCCUGGCUGGACUUCCUGCUGGCCCUUCGCAGGAGCAGAAGGAGGGGCCGUCGGCCUCGAAGCAGGACACAAACAUGGCCGACGGCGCGGUCCAGGAUGUAAACAGGGCCGAAGCCACGGUCCAGGAUGUAAACGGGUCCGACACCACGGUCCAGGACGUAAACAUGGCUGACGUCACGGUCCAGAACGUUAACAGGGCCAAUGCCACGGUCCAGAACGUUAACAUGGCUGACGUCACGGUCCAGGACGUAAACAUGGCCGACGUCACUGUCCAGGACGUAAACAUGGCCGACGCCACUGUCCAGGACACAAACAUGGCCGACGUCACGGUCCAGGACACAAACAUGGCCGACGCCACUGUCCAGGAUGUAAACGGGGCCGACACCACGGUCCAGGACGUAAAUGACGCCACAGUCCAGAUGACCCAACCAGAUUCUGCUCUCAGUUCUUGUGCCACCAGCACCACAGACAAAAAGAGGGCGGAGACUGGCCCCGCCCCCAGCCCCGCCCUACCACCGGCCUCCGCUCAGCCCUGUGACUCCUCCUCACAGCCCAAAGAGCUGCAGGCGGGCCAGGAGAUCUACAUCCAGACAGAGGGACUGACGGUUCAGCUGGCCGAGCCGGGGUCGGACGGGAUCGUCAUCGUCAACGGGCCGGACGGAACCACCAUGCACAUCCAGACCCCAGAGGGAGUUCCCCUGGAGGCGGUGCAGGCCCUGCUGGGGAUCGAGGCUUCAGACGGGGACAGACCGGCCCAACAGACCCAGGACUGAGCAGAACCUCCUCAGAACAAACUGUCAGGGAGUGAUGGACAGCUGGAAUCUGCAGUGCCUCCCUUCAAACCCAGCUGAUAGGAGCCAACCGGCGCUUCUCUAUGAAUGUCAGUUUCAGAACAACACAGGGGGACGUCGGUGCAAACCCCCAACUCCUGUAGGAAAAUGUCAAGGUCUUCAUCUCGCUGUGUUCAAAGAGCCAAGGUGAAGCUGCUGAUCUUCAGGUCAUUUAUAAAUAUGCAUAUAUAUAUAUGUUUUAUAUAUAUACAUAUAUGUAUGUUAGCACAUUUCAUUUCUUCUACUCUUCUGUUGUUGGUCUUUGGUGCAGCUACUUCACACCUUCACUUUAUGUUCAGAAAAGAUGAAAAAGGUUCGUUUGCUUGGUUUUGUCCUGACUCUGUUGCUCGCUGUCUGCAGUUCGGCUUGUGUUGCUUUUAUUUUUGUUUCUGAAAUAAAUUAUUUUUCAGAAAAAAGAAACAGCAUAAAAGUGAAUGGGCCAGAUUUUGACAGACUUCACCGGCCGCAGUAUACCUCCACAGGCUCAGUUUUUACGCUAAUAGGAUUACUCUCUAAACUAGUAAACUUACAGUAUUCACAUAAGAUGUCCAGAAAGACAUCAGAGUUCCUCAGAGUCCAAUUUCCCCACAAAACCAGGAAUGUUUGGUUUUCUUCUCAUCCACAUGUGUCUUUUUUUUUUUUACUACAUAGCAAAUCUAUCUCAAGUGUUUGCCAGAACAUCUGAUGUUUGUUUUGGAACGUACCGUUAAAUUUUAAGUUAUUCACACCCCCAGCAGAGUUAGAUUUAAAUCUCGCUCAACAAAGAUGCUGGUGUCAGGGAAGGAGGCGGGGCAGCUCUUCAACCAGGACAGAGCAAAGGGAUGAAGGGAGCAUUUAUUUUGAGAUGUUGAAACAAAACUGAUUUGUUUUUAUUCACAUAUUAAAAUGUUAUGCUAAAGUUGAAAACUCUUUUUAUUUUGAUGGUUUAUCCUGUCCGGUUUGGGCUGCUGGAAAACGUUGAGGUUCAGCAGAAACAUUUUGGUCAAAUUAAAAGCCUCCGUUCAAAUCCAAGUCGACCGCGGGGAUGGAUAAUUGUGGCUUUAGCUGUACAUAUUGUUUUGUAAAUAGCAGCAAGCAACACAAAGUUGUUAAGAGUCAGAUUUAAAGUGUUGCACCAAACAUCACCGUGGCAACCCCCACUCAGAAGAUGUACGUUGACCAAUCAGCAGCUUCUCCUCCCUCACUGUUUACAUGAACUUUGAAAAAACGUAAAAAAAGUCAGCCCAGGAGAAGACUGCAAAAACACAAAGCAAAUACAAGGCAGUUUUUUAAAUUUUUUAAAAUUUUGGUUUAGUUUCUAGUGCAAAUAUCUUAGUAGAGCUGAGAUAAGUUCACUGAAACGUAACUUCUCAGGUGGAUAUAAGAGCUUGUUUUAAGCCCCUAAUUUCUUAAUAUUGAUAAAAGAAAAUCCUAGUUCUCAUGACAGAUUAUACUAUAAAAAGAUAUUUUUUCAGAUGUUAAAAGUGAAACAAUCUGCCGGUGGAACUAUCACAUUUUAAGAAUCGAUAUUAAGAAAUUAGUAGCUCAAAGCAACAUCUGUAUCUUGUUGAAAAGUUUGUAAGUUAGUUUUUUCUCAUUUAAAGAUGUUUGCAUUAGAAACUCGACCAAAAAAUACUUGGCAACACUUUGAGUUUUUUGCAGUGGAAGGAGGGAGAGUGAAGGAGGGAAACUUGUCAUCCCAAGUAAGGAAAUUUGUGUUUGGUCAACUAUUUCAUUGUACCAGUGAUUAUUGGCAAUAAAUCUUAUUCCCUUGAAAGCCUGUUUAUUUCCUCUUCAACGUCCCCACACUGGGAAGGGAAAUGCAUUAUGGGCUUCAUCCCAAACGCCUCCCUCUGCCCCACACCAUCACACUGCCUCCACCGAAACAUGUUAGGACCUCCGUGACGCAUCGUAACCUCCACAAUCAGCCCACAAAUGUGUUUUCCAGGUGGAUGUGGGGAGGUUUUAGCAGAAUUAAACUUGCUUUUAGUGGUGUGCAAUUUUGUGCUGAGAAAAUGUGUCGCAAGGAGAAAACAAAUGGACUGAAAACUCCGUUUUCUUGCUUGUUCUUUUGCCAACUGGAGUGAACGGCGUCUUUCCAACAGGAACGCUCUGAAAGUGUCGGUGCUGAUUUGUUGUUGACUCCCUGCUUUCUGUGCAGACCUGCACUGCAGAAACACUACAAUAAUUUAGUAAUUUUGGUCUCUGAUUUAGAGCAAGCAUCUUAGAAUAUAUGAAGUAAGACAAGACUAACAUAACGUUUCAGCAAGCUAUAGGAGCUUGUUUUAAGUGAAUAAUUCCUUCAUUUAAUAAAACAAAUACAUAUUUUUUUUAAAACUACUUGCUCCAUUGGUUGAUUAUUUCACUUCUAAUAAGACGUUUCUCCCAUAUUAUAAGUGAAAUAAUCUGCCAGUGGAUCUACCACUUUUUCCAUCAACAUUAAGGAAUUAUUGUCUCAAAACAAGCUUCAAUAUACUGAUGGAAAUUUGUUUUUAAGUUAGUUUUGUCUUAUUUCGAUUGAACUAAGAUAUUUGCACGAGAAACUAGACCAAAGGUACUUGGUAUGAUUGAAUGUUUUUGCAGUGUAAAGUGUCCAGAUCAGUAAUCUCCUGGGAUUAUUUCACCAUUGAAGAUCUGCUGGUUUGAUACGUGUUGCUGCGACGACAUCAGCUGCUUUUUAAAGACAUUUGAAUAUUUGUACGGUUCUUUCUUCUCGAUGUUUGGACUUCAUUCUAAACUAGAAGGUGAUUUGUUGAAUGUCUAUAUGUAGAUAAAGACAAUGAACAAAGUUUAAGAGUUGCACUAUUUUAUUACCUUUUCUUUUUUAUAUAUAUAUAAAGCAUCAUCCAACAUGUCUUAGGAAGUGAAGUGAGCAGGGAGGGCCAUGUGGAUGAUGAGCAGCAGGAAGUAUUCAGUACAUGUUACCUUCUUACAAUAAAACAAUGUGUCAAACUUC